UGAAUAUACAAAAAGCGGAAUUAAAUUUUUCCAAAAUCCAACACCGGUGGUGAUAAGUGAAAUAAAUAAAUACAAAGCAAGGAAGAAAGAGAAGUAUUUAACUCUUGUCCUUCUAGUCCUAUAUGGAGGCACUAUUGAUAGUGACAAAUUUUUAAACCAGAGUAGAACAAAGUUUGAAGAAAUUUGUGAGGUAUGUGAAGUAGAAAGAAACAUUUCAAGAGUUGUUAUUGUUAACAAUCUAGAUUCUCUUGUUGGAUCAUUUGUACAAAAAGUGGGGACAACCUUUAGUUUUCUUCAUGAUUUUCUGGAGGAUGUAACAGGUUUUGUUUUUGGAGAACAUUCUCCGGCAACGUUACUUAAAUACUGUAAUUUGAAAUUCAUCUGACAAAAGGUACGGGUUAAUGAAAAAAAAUAUAUGAAGAAAGAUCAGGACGACAAUGAUUUUUGUAUAAUGCUUGGAGAAAAAUAUAUCGACCCUUUCGUGAAAAGAUUAUUAAACGAAAUAUCUCUUAAUAACGCAGUUGAAGUGUGUUUAUGUCCAUCCUUACGUAACAAGAAAGUUGUCCAAAAUGUUUUAAAUUCAUAAGUUGCCUUGCAAUUGACGACUUAAUAAAUGUUGGGACAAGUAGUCAAAACCAGUAUUUAGUGUUGCCACAUUCGGAUAUUGUUCUUGAAGAGGAGAGAAAAUGUUUUAUAAACAAAUUAAGUAUUAUUGAGAAAAACCCAAAGCGUUCUGCAUUGAAUCUUUUAUUGAUGUACAAUCAUGAUGACAUAUGUGACGGCAUACUUAAGCGGUUUGAAAAUGAAAAGUUACCAUUGAAUAAUGUAGAUUGCAGAGAAUUAUUUUUAGCAACCUGCAUAAAUGGUAACAUUGAACUUGCAAAAAGAUUAGCAGUUCUUUGUGGAGAAGAUUUCUUGACGGAACAUACAUUUGGAAAAGCAUACAAUAUUCCCUUGAAUCUUUCAGCAGCAUUUAAUAAUAUUUAUAUUUCUAAAUUUUUACUGAAUAUGAAUUGUAAUAUAAAUAGUCAAUUUUAUGGCUAUACAGUAUUACACUGCGCUGUCUGUAAUGGGCAUUAUGAUUCUACAAAGAUACUCUUAGAAAAUGAAGCCGAUAUUAACAUGUGUUCAAUUAAAAACAAUCGCACUGCGUUGUUUUGUGCUUGUGAAGAUGGAUUCGAGAAUAUAGUUCACUUACUCCUACAGUAUAAAGCUGAUGUGAACAUUUGUCUUUCCAAUGGCAUGAAUCACCUCUAUGUAGCUUGUCAUAUGGGUCACUUGAACAUCGUUAAAAUGCUCCUAGAAAACAGGGCCGAAAUAAAUCUAUGUGAAAACAGCGGUUGGAGUCCACUUUCUAUUGCUUCCUCAGUAGGUAAUAUCAGCAUUGUAGAAAUACUCAUAGAAAAUAAAGCUGAUGUAAAUUUAUGUAAUAAUAUAGGUGAUAGCCCACUUAUCAAAGCUUCCAACAGAGGUCAAGCAGACGUUGUACAGAUUCUCCUGGAAAACAAAGCCGAUGUUAAUUUAUGUGAUAAUGAUGGCCAAAGUCCACUUUUAUGGGCUUCCUGCAAAGGACAUAUAAACAUUGUACAAAUACUCUUAGAAAACAAAGCCGAUGUUAAUUUAUGUGAUAAUGAAGGCCAAAGUCCAUUUUACUGGGCUUCCAGCAAUGGACAUAAAAACAUUGUACAAAUACUCUUAGAGAACAAAGCCGAUGUUAAUUUAUGUGAUAAUGAGAGCCAGAGUCCACUAUACUGGGCUUCACACAAUGGACACAAAGACAUUGUACAAAUACUCUUAGAAAGUAAAGCCGAUGUUAAUUUAUGUAAAAAUGGUGGCCAGAGUCCACUUUACUGGGCUUCCAGCAAUGGACAUGAAAACAUUGUACAAAUACUCUUAGAAAACAAAGCCGAUGUUAAUUUAUGUGAUAAUGAUGGCAAGAGUCCACUUUUAAGCGCGACCUACAAUGGACACAAAGACAUUGUACAAAUACUCUUAGAAAACAAAGCCGAUGUUAAUUUAUUAGAUAAUGAUGGCGGGACUCCACUAUUUUGGGCUACCUACAAUGGACACAAAGGCAUUGUACAAAUACUCUUAGAAAACAAUGCCAAUGUAAAUUUAUGUGAUAAUAAUGGCCAGAGUCCACUUCAUUGGGCAGUCUCCAAAGGACAUAUAAACAUUGUACAAAUACUCUUAGAAAACAACGCGGAUGUUAAUUUAUGUGAUAAUACAGGUUACAGCCCACUCAUCAAAGGUUCCAACAGAGGUCAAGCAGACGUUGUACAGAUUCUCCUGGAAAAUAAAGCCGAUGUAAAUUUAUGUGAUAAUGUAGGCCGGAGUCCACUUUUUUGGGCUACCUACAAUGGACAUAUAAAAAUUGUAGAAAUACUCAUAGAUAUCUCUGUGAGGGAGAGCUGUUACCAUGGGAGCAUAAUUAAAACCGGAGCCUGGAUGUUACCCUCCACAAGAGAGGUUAUGAACUCUUGUUUUUGUACAUAUGUAAAUUUAAAUUUUCUGCCCAAAAAUUGUGAAUUUAAUAUGUUGUUUGAAUAG